UAAUGUAGAAGAGAGAGAAAGAGAGAGAAAGACGGCUCUUCCAGUCCAUAUAAAUCAGCCAUGCGUCGCUGAAGAGGUUAAGAGGCUGGAUUCUUGCCAUGUACACCGUACAUGUCUGAUCCAACAGUGCUAAAGGUCGAAUCUACAUGACUAAAGCGAGAGAGGCACGGGGUUGUUUCAUCCCCGCAGUACGUCUUAAGGAAGAGGAUGGCCGAGGGGAAAGAGGAAAUAGACGCCCCUCCUGAAAUUUAUCGCACUGCGUCGUUGGCGCAGUUAUGCGAAGCUCCUCGCGGCAGGAGGCGCUUGUCAUCGACCGUCUCCAUCGUCCUCGGGUACUUUGUUUUAGCAUUCCGCGUCCUUUGUUCUUUCAUAAGAAGAUUUGAAGCCUCAUCGUCAUUCCAAGAAAUCUUUCUCCAGCCAUCGCCUUUAUGCGGCACGACGCGUGUUCGACCAAAAACUACCGAGAGGAAGACGAGUAUCAUCCUCGAGGUCCUCCAAACUCCUCUUCGUAAGCCUAAUGUGCCCAACCGACUGGGAGGAGAAAAUGGAAGGCACAACUUAAGUGUCUCUCAGAGUGAAGCCAGACAGGGCCGCGUUCAAAGACUUUCCGAAGUCGACUACGCGAACAUUUAUGCCGGCCCUGAAGUAAGAACGUCCUCUUGGGCACGAGGAAGAGCUUUCGAGGAAAUUGUGGUCCGGGCCUCGCGUAGUAAGCACAGACUGCGAAGCAAUCGUCCUAAUUGCCGGCGGACUAGUCGAAUGCAAAGUUAAUCAUUCCAGACGGACGCGUUGCUUCGCGGCGAUUCGUCGAGUUACCACUAUAGAACGAACCGAUCUAGGUAAUACGCCUUGAUUACUUCUGCUUUUCGUAAAGAUACCACGAUAUGAGAAAAAAUAAUUUAUAUUAAGAAUAAACUUUGUAAUACCAUUCUUAGAUCGAUGGAACUAUUCUUUCAUUGUGUAUCAGAUUUACAUUAUGUUCGAUUAUUAUCAAUAUAUUAAUUUUACUUUAAUCUUGACAUUUUCAUUCAUACAUUUUACAUCCCCGAUUUUCUCCAAAAUGCCGCGUUGAAAUAAUCUAGAAUAAUUAAAAGCACGAUGUGUGUGUAAUAAUUAAUCUCUUAGAGAUGACUUUCCCUCCAAAGA